AGGAAGUAAACUCGAGCUGGGCAAGCAGGUUGCUAUUCUCCAGCUUACGAAGCGUUUUGUUCAUUAUCACUUUUUAUCGUGUGGAUUUGUAGUUCACUGUUUAUUCAACAUGCUGAUUAAAGUGAAGACUCUCACUGGAAAAGAAAUAGAGAUCGACAUCGAGCCCACAGACAAGGUGGAGCGAAUCAAAGAAAGAGUGGAGGAGAAGGAGGGGAUCCCCCCUCAGCAACAAAGACUCAUCUACAGUGGAAAACAGAUGAAUGAUGAGAAGACGGCGGCAGACUACAAGAUCCAGGGAGGCUCGGUGCUCCAUCUUGUGUUGGCGCUAAGAGGAGGCUCAACGCUCCACAGGCCCUGCAUACACCUCAACUCUUUAUCAUGAGUGGCUGUUGUCCCGGGGCCAGCUGAGUGCCAACGCUUUAGGUGUCCGUCACCAUCUAACCAUGUUGCAGCACAUAGAUAUGAGAUCCCAUUCUCCUGGGCCGAAGCAAACAAAAUCAAACACACCCUCACCUCCCACAAAAAAAGAGAGAGAGAAAGAAAAAAAAAAGGACGUUCUAAUUCCUUUGUUGUUUUUUUUGUAACCCAUAUUGGCUUUUCUGAGUUUGACCAGUUGAUGCAGACACUCAUGCAGUACAAGAGACAGUUUUGGCAACACUGUGGUCUUUUUUUUUUUUUGCUUGUGAAUAAAUG